ACCUGCCAGGUUUGAUGGCAUUGCGUCAUCAGCUGAUGUGCUUCACGUGAUUGCUUUCGUGUGCUUCAAUGACGGGUGUGUAGAGGUACUGCUCUGUUCUAGCAACGUGAACGCUGACAUUGGAGCUACGCACACCCAUCAGUACUUAAACUAAGCUGAUCGUCGUUUCUCGAUGAUCGAAUACACUAGCCAGGCGACCAACGUUUAAAUGAUUCGUCACAGACCACCAAAGAACGUGCCCGCAGGAUUCAGUCCAGCAGCGCCUUGUGUUGUCACCAUGAGGCUCGCCGGGGAGUCAGUAUCUUCACCUGGUAGCUCCCGCUAUAGUCGGUCACCACGUGGGCCCUCAAGGGCUCCCCUCGCCCGGGCGGCGCGGCCCCGAGAUUCUAAGACCAGCAGCAACAGUAGUAAUGGGAGGGUAUACGGCGUCGUGGGCGUCGUGGCGCUCAGUUGCUACCUCAACGGCCUGACCGGGGACUUCGUCCACGAUGACAUUCCCGCGGUCACGCAGAACAAGGACGUGCUGGGACUCAGCCCCCUGAGCCACGUGUUCCGCAAUGACUUCUGGGGCACUGCGAUGAGCGACGUUAACAGCCACAAGUCCUACAGGCCACUCACCACUCUCACCUUCAGAGUCAACUACCAGGUGUCGGGGCUGCAGCCUCUUUGGUUUCACGUGUGCAACGUAUUCCUGCACGCUGCUGCCUCUUUGCUGUUCACACGCGUGACCCUUGCUGUCGCCGGACUUCAGCCAAACUUCGCCGGGGCUGCGGGAGUCCUCUUCGCUGCGCACCCCAUACAUACUGAGGCGGUUACCGGGAUUGUAGGCAGGGCCGACGUUUUGGCUUGUGUGCUGUUUCUUCUAUCUUUCCUGGUGUAUCACGGAAACAACGGAGGACCCGGGUCUUUAUCUGUCUGGCUGAGUGCGCUGCUGGGCGGCCUAUCCAUGCUGGCGAAGGAGACGGGUAUCACCGUAUUGCUGGUCAAUCUCGCUUACGAUCUGUAUAGAUCUUGGCAUUUCAUCAAGCGGACUGUAGUUGAGGUCAGAUGGAAUGAAGAGACUGUCCACUUCUCCCGACGGGCAGCAAAAGUUCUAAUGUCGCUGAGCUUCCUACUCGUGAUACGACUUGCACUACACCAGGGUUCAAUGCCCAAAUUCUCGAACCAGGACAACCCAGCGGCAUUUCACCCCUGCCGACAUGUCAGAUUCCUGACGUUCUGCUACCUUGCGGCGUUCAACUGCUGGUUGCUGUUGUGCCCGGCCACGCUCAGUCACGACUGGCAGAUGGGCUCCGUGUCGCUCGUCACCUCUCUCGCAGACUCCAGGAACAUCGCCACUUGUCUCUUCUUCGGAUGCUGCAUCCUAGUCGCUUACAGGGGCAUCGCCGACUUCGAGCAACAGAGGCAUCCGCCCUUGCUGCUCGGAGGCCUGUUCCUGGUGCUGCCUUUUCUACCAGCAGCCAACCUCGUGGUCACUGUGGGCUUCGUGGUGGCGGAGAGAGUGCUCUAUAUCCCCAGCCUCGGGAUGGUGCUGCUGCUUGUGUAUGGCGCCCAGUUGCUUUGGGGCGCGUUUCUGCGCCAGAGACCUCUGCUGCUGUGUGCGGGGGUCGUACUGCUCGUCGUGUUCUGCGGACGAACUGUGGCCAGAAACAAGGACUGGGCAUCCCGACAGGCGCUCAUCAGGGCGGGUCUGAAUGCGCUACCACACAACGCCAAGCUCCACUACAACUUCGCCAACUUCCUGAGGGACACAGGACAGUUGGAUCUGGCUACUAAACAUUACAGAGAGGCGCUUCGACUGUGGCCAACUUACGCAAGUGCCCACAACAACCUGGGCACACUCAUGACGGGAACUGAGGAGGCGGAGAGCCACUUCCUGGCCGCCAUCCGAUACUCCCCCAACCACGUUAACGCGCACUACAACCUGGGGCAAGUGUACCGUAAAGUGAACCGCACCGAGGAUGCCGCCCGCAUGCUGGAGCGCUGUGUGCGUCUGGACGCGGCUUACGUCCCGGCCUACCUGCUGUUGGCGCGGCUGUACCAGGGUCAGGAGGGACGUGGCUCCGCCGUGGGGCGUCUCUUGCGUCACGUGGCGCGCCUGCAACCCAACAGCCCGGACCACCUGGCUGAGCUAGCCGCCUGGUUGCACCGCCAAGGCCUAGACUCGCUAGAAGGCGUUGCUUCCAGGCUGGAGGAAAUCCAAAUACAAUGA